CAAUCUACUCCAAAUUGCAUCAGAUUCACUCAUCACAACAAUAAUGGAUGCCUUUUCUUCUUCUUUCUGCACCAAGUUCUAUCCAUAUACAAAUAAACUCGCUUUCUCUCCUACUUCAACUUCUUCUCAAACUCAUCUCUUCUACAUCUCAGCUGUAAAUGUAGAAGAAAGACCAAAACGUACUACUAAUUCAUCAUCAAGUUCAACCAUUAACACUGAAACACCAGUACUAGGAGGAGGAGAUCAUGCAAAGAAACCAGUAUUAACCAAAAGAAAACCAAGUUCAAGAUCAUUUGUGACAGAGACUCCAUCGUUUCAGUCUACUAUCUUUAAUACAUUUGAUAACUUCGUUAACAAUUUUAUCGAUCCACCUACCCGUCCUUCUGUCGAUCCACAGCACGUACUUGCUACAAAUUUCGCACCUGUUGAUGAAUUUCCUCCAACCAAAUGCACUGUAAUUGAAGGUGAGCUUCCGGAGUCAAUAAAUGGAGCUUACAUCCGUAACGGACCAAACCCGCAGUAUCUACCGCGAGGACCUUACCAUCUAUUUGAUGGAGAUGGGAUGCUUCACUCUCUUCUCAUCUCAAAUGGCCAAGCAACUUUCUGCAGCAGAUAUGUUCAAACAUAUAAAUACAAGAUUGAGCACAAGCAUGGUUCUCCACUCUUUCCAAAUGUUUUCUCCGGUUUUAAUGGACUUACCGCGUCUGCUGCACGUGGAGCUAUUACUGCUGCAAGGGUUCUUUCUGGUCAGUACAAUCCUAUAAAUGGAAUUGGAGUUGCAAAUACAAGUCUUGCUUUCUUCAGUAAAAAGCUUUUUGCUCUUGGAGAAUCAGAUCUUCCUUACGAAAUCAAAGUGACACCUGAUGGUGAAAUUCUCACUGUUGGUCGUACUGAUUUUGAUGGAAAGCUGUUCAUGUCUAUGACUGCGCACCCUAAAGUAGACCCGAAGACAGAGGAAGCCUUUGCAUUUCGAUAUGGACCAGUUCCUCCUUUUCUAACAUUUUUCAGGUUUGAUUCAUCCGGGGUGAAACAAGCUGAUGUUCCCAUUUUCUCCAUGACUCGACCAGCAUUUCUUCAUGACUUCGCAAUCACCCAGAAAUAUGCCAUUUUCACUGAGAUACAAAUAGGAAUGAAUCCAAUGGAGAUGAUCUUCGGAAGUGGGUCACCAGUUGGGGCAGAUCCCAGUGCAGUGUCGAAAAUUGGUGUGAUUCCACGAUAUGCUAAAGAUGAGUCAGAAAUGAAAUGGAUUGAUGUGCCUGGGUUUAAUAUUAUCCAUGCUAUUAAUGCAUGGGAUGAAGGUGAAGAUGAAAUUGUUCUGAUUGCACCAAAUAUACUGUCAGUGGAACAUACUUUAGAAAGAAUGGAACUCGUUCAUGCUCUAAUGGAGAAAGUGAGAAUAAAUCUGAAAACAGGAAUGGUUUCACGACAACCACUAUCAGCAAGAAAUUUGGAUUUUGGCGUCAUUAAUCAAAAUUUUACCGGGAUGAAGAACAGGUUCGUUUAUGCAGGAAUCGGUGACCCAAUGCCGAAGAUUUCUGGAGUAGUGAAGUUGAAUGUUGGUGAAGAUCAAGAGCAUAAAGACUGCACAGUGGGUUGCAGGAUCUUUGGCCCUGGUUGUUAUGGUGGUGAACCUUUCUAUGUAGCACGUGAACCUAAUAACCCAGAUGCAGACGAGGAUGACGGGUACGUAGUAACUUAUGUGCAUGACGAAAAUAAAGGAGAAUCUAAGUUUUUGGUGAUGGAUGCAAAAUCACCAACACUUGAUAUUGUGGCUUCUGUGAAGUUACCAGGCAGGGUUCCUUACGGGUUUCAUGGAAUCUUCGUGCAGGAAAGUGAACUGAAGAAGCUCUAGGCUAAUAAGUUGUAGAACAAGAAUCUAGAUGAUCAUGAUCAUGAUACAUGUAAAUAUGCAUAUAUGGAGUAUAUAAAUAAAUCUAUACCUUUUCAGCGUUUGAGCUUUGUAAUGUGUUGGAAGAUUCCAAUUGUUAAUACAAUCACAUCAUACAGACA